UUUAGUGAUUCAGAUGGUGACAGGAAACCAGAGUCCUGCUUACAGUCCCCAAGAGGAACCUGUUCCAGUAUUGCUGGUUGCUUCCGUGAGGGGAGAUAGAGGAGAAUGGGGACGCAGCAAAGAACUGGCUGAUGCUACAGGCCGGACCUCAGCAGAGCAAUGAGCCAAGCAGAGCUGCUCUGGGCUGCAGCCUCACUGAUGGUGCUGGGGGCCCUUGUGAGCAUGUGCGUGAAGUGUCAACGUUCUGUUACUAAACAGGAAAAGAAGCUGUGCAAGCAGAGGAAACUGCAUGGAAACCAGCCGGGGUUUGAGGUGAUACGAUCCUAUUCAAUUGCAAUGACAAGGCAAGAUCAAAUUAAAUUGCCAGACAACGUCCCAGUAACAAGGAAAACCAGUGAGCGACUGCAGGCCACAGGUGACAGUGCUGAGCCCAGAUACCAAAAUUUCAUGAGAGAAGACAACCAGGAAUUGGAUGCUGCCUAUGUCAACCCUAUAGCUACAGAUUACUACAACUGUGCAACGUUCUUGAGACCACCAAAUGAAAAAGAAGAGGAUUCCUGUUUCUAUCAAAAUGUUGUGAUUGGAGCAUCCAACAGUGCUGAGUCUGAUGAUGUGGAGGACUAUGAGAAUAGCGCCUCUAUAAAGAUAUGGCAACAAUCAAAUAUAUCAGAAAGCCCAGAUGAUUAUCCAGAUUACGUUAACUCAGACGUUGCAGCUGUGCCAAACUAAAGGUACCUUCCCUACAAUCUGGAAAAAGGCUGUUGCAAAGCUGCAGAAGCUUAUGUUUCAUUUUGAAGACUGCUACACACACACAG